UGCUAAACAGAUGUGGAAACUUUCCCAUCCAUUUUAACCGCUUUAUGUCGCAGAAACACGGCUUAUCGCGCCGCGUGAUGUACCUUUGGUUAGCACCGAGGUUACCUUUGAUUACAUUGCUGUAAAUUGUGGCUCUGAACUCCUCCUGGGCUUGCUGGUCGAAGUCCUGCCCGUGGAUGAUCCGCAUUUGUUUGAGGAAAGUCGACUUGCCGCUCUCGCCAGCGCCGAGCAGUAAGAUCUUCACCAGCCGCUUCACGUACGUUUUCUCCCGGGAGAGACAUCUGUCGAUCUCCUUGGACUUUCGAAGCUGUUCAACUUCGCCCCCGUUCAGCAGGCAGACGGGUAGACAAACUUUUAACACGGACCUGGUCGGCAGGAAAUCCGCCAUGUUCGCACAAACUUCAUCGAUGCUAAUUUGAUGCGCGUUCGCGGGGCGCAGGCACGGGACCAAGCCCCUUCCCUAAACUCAGGAAGUAGUGCUGCUGACAGUUACCGUCAAUGUUAAAUCUCUUUAUGCUUUGUUAUGUGUGAUCUUUACUCACACAAAUGUGACAUUGUUUCUUAAUAACGUGUUGGACCGCACAAAUAUAACUAGAUGAGGUAAAGUAGGAAUAAGUCAUUUAAAGUAUGAAUGUAGUAAUUCAUACUUUAAAGUGGAUUUAACGACACUAUCACAGAGUUUAUAAUUCAAACUCUCUAAUAUAUAGACAUCUGCAACUCAAUGUAGACAAUCUGUAUUGUGUGUGAGUCGGUUUAAGUGUUAAGAUUAUCAAAAAUGGAUCAGUUAACUUUGUAAAACGCUAGAUUUGUAAAACAAUGGUGGUGCCAUGUCGUCCUCUGCUGGUAUAUAUUGGUAAUUGCACACCUAAUGUAAAUGCAGUGUUCUGAUUGGUUGAUCCUCUCUUUGCUAUGCUGCCUUUAAAGACUGUUGGAAAUAUGAAUGAUUAUACUUGAACACACGUCAAGGAUUCAAAAAAUAGAAAAUGCAUACUGGUUAUCCCUUGAGUUCCUGUCAGUAGCGAGUAUGUAGAUUCCUUGGGGCAUUCAUAAGAUGACUGCCACAGAAAUAUACCUCAUAUAAGGACCAUUAACUUUUCUCAACUUCCACAAAAACCUUUUUUACAUAUCCAACCUUCUAGGCACGAGCUUUUGGGGAACACUUGAAGGCAGCAUCGGUGUCUAUCAUUUCACUUCCCCUCUCCAGCAUCCCCACACGACACAGGGCUCACAAGCGACAGUAGCGUUGUAUAUGUUUGUGGAGGAGUGACCAUCAGACACCAUGACCAUUAGAAACACUCUCCAGGACCAUGGGCAGAGAUAUCGACCACGGAUGGCUUGUCUCAAGAAGUCGGAGAAGGUGCUGCUGGAGAUGCAGGACCCCAAAACAGGGCUGAAGUCCCAGCCCCAGAGACUGGUUAUCACAACAAUACCACAUGCUAUCACUGGUGAGGACAUAAUUGCGUGGUUAGCUGACAGAUUCCAAAUCGACACACAAGAGGCCAGGAGUUUUGGCUCUAUGCUGGUAGCAUUGGGAUACAUCUACCCUCUACAAGACCACAAACGCUUAGUGAUCAAACCUGAUUCGUCCCUCUAUCGCUUCCAGACACCGUACUUCUGGCCCACACAGCAGUGGCCUGUUGAGGAUACAGAUUAUGCAAUCUACCUGGCGAAAAGAAACAUACGCAAGAAAGGAAUCUUGGAACUGCACGAGCAGGAACACUAUAACCGUCUUCACAAGUGGAUGAAUCAUAAAUGGGAUUUUAUAGUGAUGCAAGCUAAAGAACAGUACAGGGCUGCAAAGGAGAGGAAGAAACCGGACCGAGUGGUGUUCGACUGCCAGGAGAGAGCCUACUGGGUGGUUCACAGACCUCCGCCGGGGACAGUGACUGCAAUGGAUUAUGGUCUGGAUCGACAAGUAGAUCCAAACUCAGAUGAGGCAAUUACACCCGACUUCUACGAGAGAAUUAUGAUCUUUACGCAGCAGUCCAUCAUGAGGCCCAGAGUGAAGUCAUCAGUGUCAAUUGGCGCAUUGGUGAAAUACUGUGCCACCUACAACAACCACGACCCUUUCCUCUCCAGGUGUCUUCCCAGCAACCCCUGGGUCACCGAUGAUGUCACGUACUGGACCUUGAACAUGCCCUGUGUGGAAAUACCAACUAAGAUGCGUGUGGAGAGAUGGACGUUCAGCUUCGCAGAGCUGCUGUCAGACACCCGAGGACGAGAUGACUUCAGACUUUUCCUGAAGAAAGAAUUCAGCGGUGAGAACUUGGCAUUCUGGGAAGCUUGCGAAGAUCUAAAGUGGGGCGAAGCUGCCUCGAUUAAAGAAAAAGCAGAGCAUAUCUACAAGACAUUCCUGGCACGUGGCGCUCCACGGUGGAUCAACAUUGACGGUAAGACGAUGGAAGUCACGGUGAAAGGUCUGAAACACCCACACAGAUACGUCCUGGACCCCGCCCAAACCCAUAUCUACAUGCUCAUGAAGAAGGAUUCAUACGGCCGGUACCAAAAAUCUCCGGUGUUUAAGGAUACGGUGAAGAAGGCCAUCUGUCCUGAUGAGCACCGUUUCAGUUGUGCCCAGUUGGAGCAAAAUUCGAAGAAGCGGCGGCCCAGUCUUAGCCCCAUCAUCCUGCGGCAGAUGGAGCAGGAGCAAAGGGCCAAGAUGGCCGCCAACAUUGACAUCACACAGGUCAUGAGCAAACUCAGCAAACAGGGCAAGGAGGCGCCUCCUCGUCCCGUUACAAAAUAAACAAUCAGUGAUUUUAUUAGACUAUAAGGAGGUCUAAACUCUUAGCUUACUCUCACUGCUCUUAUUGUGUUGAUUUUGGUAAAGAAUACUCUUUUCAUUACCUUCUCACCACCAAACAGCAGACAGAGGAAACAAAGGUUGUGUUAAUGCUGUAGAAAGUAAUUUAUUCAAGAAAAGACUUAAUUAAGUUGAUUUGCUUUACGCUAUUUUUAUAUAUGCAGAACAGAGUAGUAGAAGCAAAAACUUUGAUAAAGCUUUUUUAAAGGAUUGGAUCAGCCAACAGUUUCCCCACUUACUCUAAUGGUAUGAAGUUAGGCUAUCAGUGUAUUCUCUUAUGCUAGAGGUUGGAUUUAUUCUCAAUAUUUUUUCAACUUUAUUUUCAACAUCUAAGGUCAUUCCCAACAUUUCAACUUAACUCUCAACAAUUCAAGUUAAUUCUCAAAAUAAUAAAUACAAAUCUUCCUCCUUCAUUUUCCCCUCUCAUGCCCUGUCGUACAUAUAACCGCUGUGAGAGGUUAGAUUUGGGCGACUGAUCCCUUAAACACUCAAAUCCUGUUGAGUAAUUACAGGCAUCAUACCAUUUACGGCUAUAUUGAGAUGUCUGUUUCCAUCUGUUGCAUUUCUAGCCAUACCAGCUGUAACUGUUGUCUGUCCUGUUGUUAUAUGUUAGUACUAUCCAUCCCCACUCAUGUAUUAUAUGAGUCGCUUCUGUACUUACAAUAUGUUUUCUGUCAUCAAUCAUGAGCUAAUAAAACAUCCACAAACCACC